AUAAUAAUAAUAAAAUAAUAAAAUAAUAAUAAAAUAAUAAUAUUAAUGAAAUAAUAAUAAUAAUAUUAAUAUUAAUAAUAAUAAUAAUAAUAAUAAUAAUAAUAAUAAUAAUAAUAAUAAUAAUAAUAAUAAUAAUAAUACGAGUUUAGACAAUAUAUCCGAACGCGAUUUCGCGCUUAUCGACCAUACAUCGGAUAUUUUCGGUCGUUAUUCUCUUUUUAUUAGAUACCGUUGAAUUAAACGAACUUAGAAUUUAUUAUUAUAUUUUAUUGCUCUCGUUACCAAGUACCUAAAGAAAGAAAGAAAGAAAGAAAGAAAGAAAGAAAGUAAGAAAGAAAGAAAGAAAGAAAAUAAAUACAACACGUAUGAAACGAAGAAAAAAAAUAUAUAAAAAAAAAAGAAAAAAAAAAAAACAAAACAAAACGGCAUGCCGAGAUACCAUCAAUUACGAUUCGCAUUCUCUAUUUUGAUUGUUUCUUUUUUGUUCAUGCUCUCAUCGAACGGGUGAAUCGAAUCGUACUUUUCUUCUCGACUGGAUUGAAAAGUGCCACGGCCGUUCUCGCGAGAUUAGCUGAUAGAGAGAAAGAAAGAAAGAAAGAGAGAGAGAGAGAGAGAGAGAGACAGAAAUGUUACUCUCGCGGCGCGUUUACCGCGCGGGCCCGACCACUCUUCUACACGUCCCUUGUAUUAUAUAGCUCUUAUUAAUUUUAUUAUUAUUCGAAGAUGUAUAUACACACACAUGAAAGCUAAUAUAUUUUGUUAGAAUGAGAGCGAAAGAAUAAAUCUAUGAUUCUUGUGUGUGUGCGUGUGUGUGUGUGUUUGUAUGUGUGUGUGUGUGUGUGUGUCUGUGUUCUGUGUGUUUGUGGAAUGUACAAGGACAAAAACGCGCAAGCAUAUGCGCCAAAAAACAAUUGUCUAGUUAAUGUAAAGUAAAUCGAACUUUAAUGCGGCAGAUUAAGAGUAUGCAUGAAUUAUUGUGUGUGUGUAUGUGUAUGCAAAAAAAGAAAGAAAGAGAGAGAGAGAGAGAGAGAGAGAGAGAAAGAAAGAGAGAGAAUUAUAUGGAGAAAAAUCGCGCAGACGUUACCUGGCUUCGGCCUAGCCGAUUCCUUAUAUUUUCAGUUACCAUGUAUAAUGUAAAAAAAAAAAGAAAAAAAAAAAAGAAAAAACGCGUGAAGCGGGCUUCAUUUUAUGUUAUUUUUUUUCUUCUUCUCUUAAAUCAUCGCGUUCUAUCGCGUAUACGAGAAGACGUCUGAAUCACGUUCUGUACAUCUCUACUACGUCGUGAGAGAUUCAGGAUAAAGAGAUGCGUCUCUCCGUUCCUCAAUGAGAUAUACAUACAGACAAAUAUACACACACGCAACACUAAGAACCAUGUAAUAUUUUGCGAAGAUGUUAUAAUAAUAUAUGUUAAUACACACAAACAUAUAUAUGUAUAUAUAUAUGUAUAUAUAUAUAUAUAUAUGCAUUAAUAUAUAUGUAUCUUAACAUAUAUGUAUAUAUAUAUAUAUAUAUAUGCUACAAAGAACAAAAGAAACCCAGAAUGUGUGAGAAACAACACGACGCAUAAAUGUUACAUAUACACAUACACACGUAUUACACACGCAUCGAGAAAAAAAAAUUUUUUAACGCACACGAGCGCGCACGAGUGUGAAUGUCAUAUGUGCACGCGUGACUUGGCGUAUGACUGAUAUAUGUUAGUUACGAGAUUACCUGUCACGGUUGUCUUCUUGACUAUGCACAAAUAUAUUUUGAUAUAAAACAUA